GUUUAAUUUAACCUGUUUUUAUUGUCAGCAGUAAAUGCAUCACCAGCAGCCUGAAACCAGAUUCGUCUGGAUGACUGGAAACCAGCAGAACUACCUCCUGCAGAUCAUCUGGGGGAUUCAGGGAUGUUUCCAGGGGCUUUGUUAGAUAUGAUCUAUCCAGAAAGUCUUCUCAUGGAGGGACAUGCACAAAGGCAAACCUCAGGUGGACAGUAUCCUUCUCAGAAACCUUUUCAGCUGGCUCCUUUAGAUGAAGAGAUGGCUCUACUCUGAGCUCUUCACCCUCCCUGUGAGUGUGAGGCAGAGCCAUGUUGGAGGCUCCAAUCACCAGGAACGUCUCCCACACCAACUUCCAGUUGAGAUGUUUUCCCGAACUACGGGGACACCGUUGGAUUCUGGCGCUUCUGUUCUUCCUCUGCUUCCUGUCUGUGCUGCUGGGAAACUCAGUGCUGGUGUACGUCAUCCGCAGGGUGGAGAAUCUGCACAGUCCCAUGUACUUCCUCAUCUGCAUGCUGUGCAUUGUGGACACCCUGGCGGUCACCACCAUCCUGCCCAACAUGCUCCUGACCCUGUUGUUCAACUGGAACCACAUCUCUCUGGCUGGCUGCCUCAUCCAGAUGUUCUUCACCCACUUCCUGUCCUCCCUGGAGUCCACGCUGCUGAUGGCGAUGGCGCUGGACCGCUACGUGGCCAUCUGCAGGCCGUUGCACUACAUGGACAUCAUGAACUCGUCCAUGUGCCUGAGGCUACUUCUCUUCACGCUCUUGCGCAGUGUCUCCAUCAUGUCAACAUUGGUGGUUCUGGCCAGUUCUCUGUGGUUCUGCCACUCCAACACCAUACAGCACUGUUACUGCGACCACAUGGCGCUGGUCAAACUGGCGUGCGUCAGUACAGAAAAGAACCACGCAGCUGGCUUGGUGGUGAUUAUCUGUUUUGUGGGUGUGGACAUCCCUAUCAUCUUCUUCUCCUACACGAAGAUCCUGAAUGUCGUGCUGCGAGCAGCAGCAGCGAGCGAUGAACGCCUGAAGGCAUUUCACACCUGCACUACUCACCUGAUUGUUAUGAUGUGUUUCUACCUGGUGGGGACCAUCACCUUCCUGUCUGGCAGCCUGAACAUUCCCAUAGCGACAGGCAUCAACACCCUAAUGGGGUACAUCCUGAUCCCAGCAACUGUCAAUCCGAUCAUCUAUGGCGUUCGCACCAAAGAGAUCCGCUGUGGCCUUCAGAGGCUGUUUAAACUCAGAGCAAGGAAUGUCUGGUCUCUGAAGGUUUCUCCUAGAAAAGGACAAACGUGACUGACUGAAGAGUUAGUGAGACCAUUCCAUCAGGAGCAAUAAUCCAACGUUUAGUUUCAGUACUUCCACUACAUUGUCAAAAGUAAUAGCUUGUCUACCUUCAUUUUUAGUCCACAGGGAUAUGAUUUCAGGCCAUCCUUUGAAGCUGCAACAGCUUCAGGAAGGCUUUUGACUAGGUUUAGGAAUGUGCUUAUCGGAAGUUUUUACCCGUCCCCCAAAAGCGGAAUUGUGAGGUCAGAAAUAAGGUCUGGCUCUCAGCCUCUACCAUAAUUCAUCACAAAGGUGUUUUGUCAAGUUGAGGUCAGAAUCAAACUUACUUAUCCAUUUCUUUGUGGACCUAACUUACAGGAAACAGGAAGGCGCCACCUCCAAACGUUUCCUAGAAAGAUAUGGGCAUUAAAUAGUCCACUGCUCCGGAGUCCGGUGAUUGUGUGCCUUAAAACACAGCAUCCAAUGUUAAUCAUUCCACUUGGUGAUGUAAGACUCGGAUGCAGCAGUUUGGAUAAUGCUUUCCAAGCAGCUCUCUAGAACUCUUGGUGAACUAAUCUGAAGGCCACAUUAAAUUUGGAGGUCUGUAGUUAUCCGCUCAGUAGAAUGUUGGCGACCUCCCAGUCACUUCAAUCCUGUUAUUAUAACACUAACCGUUAUAUAUAUAUAUAUAUAUAUA